AUGGAACAGUGCAGCCGUUGCCCUGUCUCUUCCUUUGCGGAUGACGAAAGCCUCGAGUUUUUCAAAGUCUUCCUCCCCAGCUUCAGUUCUCAUCAGCUGCUAAUUCCAUCGGACUUUCUGAAGCAAUUCAAAGGCAAAAUACCCAACCAGGCCACCCUUAAGGAUCACGCAGGCCGGUCUUGGAGUGUUCAGUUAAAAGAAGUUGGGAGCAAGCUGUUUAUAAAGAACGGUUGGGAGGAAUUCGUCACUGACCAUUCUCUUGGGUUCGGGGAUUUUCUCAUCUUCAGUUAUUACCAUAGCACCUCGGUCUUUCAUGUCAAAAUUUUUGGCAAGAAUGGGUGCAGAAAAAAGAGGGCUUGCGCAGCGAAUAAAACUUUGCUUAUUAAUCUUGAAGAGGAAGAACAAGUGGAAGAAAGGGUAGAAGAGACGAGUGCUGGAGGUCCAUAUGAAAAUCACAGAAAAAGACCGAGGAUAGGAGCUCUCCAGGGGGGAACUAGUGAAAACAGAGUCGAGAAACCGUUCGUUCCGAAGCACCCUCAUUUUGUGUCACCUAUAACAAGUUCGACUAAUUCGAUAAUGCGCAUUCCUAGAACUUUUUUGAAGGAGCACAACAUAAAACUGGAGAGCGUUGUGAUGCUUCAGGAUCAGAACGGGAAGCAGUGGCCUUUGAGAAUCAUGUCCUGGACUCAAGGACGGAUCGGCUUUUCUAGUGGUUGGAAAGUUUUCUGUUCAACGAAUAAACUUAAGUUGAACGACAAGUGCCUCUUCGAAUUUGUGCUGGGUGAAAGGAAAACAUGCAGUGAAGUGCUCGUUCGGGCUUUCCGCACGGACAUUGAGAUCGAAAAACCCAAUAAUUAUUGGGUUUUGAAGGUAUGAUCUAGGAAAGUCAGACAGUUACUUUGGUUUCAUAUGGUAUGAUUGGAGAGGGAAAGGAACGAACUUGC